AUGUCUUCCACUCCGAAGAAACCCGCUCCGACUGCGCCUCUGACGAAAGUGCAGAAGCAAGCGGAGAAGCAGUUGGGCACCCCGGAUCUUACUGAGGAAGAACCAUCAUCUUCCGAAACUCCGUCUGUGCGAGCAAAGCGAGAUGAAGAGCAUUUAAAUCGUGGUGGGAUUUUAUAUGUGCCGUACGAUCCAAAGGCACCGCGGCCGAUUUAUAAGACCAAGCAGACAGCUCGCAAGCGUGCGUCCUCACCAGUCUUUCCACGAAUGGCUGUAGCGGACAAGAACGAGUUGGAAAAACAUCAGCGGGCGGACGCAGCUUUACGACAAGCGGUUCUUGCGUCGGGAGAUUCGGAUAAUAUGGAGCUCCAACCGUCCACUUCAGCAGGGCCAUAUUAUCUGCGUAGCCGCGGCCAGAAGCGCAAGUACAAGGAGAUCUCACCGUCCUCGUCUUCACCGGAAAGCGAAGUCUCGGUUUCGGAUAAUGGUGGCGACAGUGACGAUCCUGCUGCGGUGCUCUCUGCUGACGAAAACGCGGAUGACGAAGCUGACAGUGACGAAGAAAAUGAUGAUGAUGGGUCCGAUUUGGAGAAGAUGGAUGUAGACCCGUUGCCGUCAAUGCAGCCGGUUGCACCCGUUGCGCCGUCUAUUGCAGCUUUUAUUCAUGAGGAUUCGCCCGAAUUUGCGGAACCGGCAGUUUAUGAUAAACAGCAGCCGCAUUCGGAAGAGUUGUAA